AUGAUUAUCAUACUCUUAGAAAUCUAUGGGAUUUGGGCAUUUUGUUUGAAUUAAUACACCAGAGUAUAAGAUAUUUCUUUGUACCCAACAGUUGGUGAAUUUUAUUCAUACUAUUUGGAAAGUUUUCUAAGUGAAACUUAAUUAAUGUGCAAAAUGCAUCCUUAAGUUCCAAAUGUAUAAUUAAUCAAUCAAUGCAAAAAAAUAUCCUAAAUAAAAGGAAAUUGUAUAUUAUAAAGUAUAUAUUUAUAGAAUUUAAAUCAAUGUCAUCAAAUACUACACAUUUUGGUACUUUGACUAAUAACAAUGAAGUAAUAAUAUAUGAGUGGAAGAAUUAAAGGAUUCAAUAAAUUGGCUAAUAUGUGCCAAUUGAUUCUUCAUUUAAUUGUUAUAACAUCCUUUUGUCUAAAGAUUUUUCUAUUUUGAUAGAUUGCUAUUAUAAUAAUGAAUUCUUUUUAAUUCAAUUAAUAGAUGAAUAAUCAAUAAUUACUUAUUAAAUAGAAGCAAUUGCACCUACAAAAACUAAAAUAUAAUCAUUAUAAAUGGAACAAAUGCUUUUAUAGUAUAUGCAUAAUAUUUUAAAAAUUAUUCAAUACUAUCUUUAUUUUCAUUAUCUUUUUUUAAUUAAAGUAGCUUAAAUAACUAUUUUGUCGAUUUUGAUAUCACAAUUACAAUAAGUCCAAAUAUUUAUGCAAUUACUUCUCAAGAGAUUUUCUAAUUAUUUAUAUCUUCAGAUGGUCAAUUUUAUUAAAAAACUAAUUUUACUAAUUAUUUUAUAACUAAUUCAUAAUGUGAUUAAAUAUAUUUAUAAAAUUCAUAAAAUUAUCCUUUUAGUAAUAAUUUUUACAUUUCCUGCUUACUUUUAUUUGGAUGUGAUAAUAACAUAAUAAACACAGAGAAUGAUUAAGGUGAAUCAUCCUUUCAAAAUAUACUCUUAAAUAAUCAAUUUAUAAUUUAUUAGUUUAUUGAUAAAAUAAUAAUUAAAGAAAAAUAUGCAGAAAUUUUUAUUAAUAUUAGUUAAAUCAGACAAGUAAUUCCUUAUUAUAUUUAAAUUCUGA